AUGGCACCAAGGCUUCACAUUGAGGUCAAUCAACAGUCGGAUCGAAAUCCUACAUCCCCAGAUUAUGAACGAGUGAAUAUAGCAAGUAGCAGCCAUGUUAUCACGGAUGGUCACCUUGACGGAAAUGUUAUCAUCUUCAUGCCAGGCAACGAGACUGCCAGUUCGUCGCAACAAUAUCUCGUUGAGGUUACCUUCGAAGGCCAUUUAUCUGCAGCAAUCAACUUGAAUAUUUCAACACAGCUACUGCGACUGGCAAAAAACAUCACUCUCCUCCGAGCAUCCGAUGUGCGCGAACUAUCACAACAAUCCACGACCAACACAUCCUCACGCACAAUCCUACAUCCAUUCCACUUCAACAUCCCCCCAAACCGCCAACUUUUCUACAACUCCAACGAUCUCAUCCUGCGCGGACAAGGCCGCAUAGAAUACUUUCUCAAAGCCCGACUCUUCGACCACGGGAAUUGCAUCGCCGAAAAUGAAGCGCCAGUAACGUUCGCUCCGGCCCGCGAAUGUUCUCCUCCCAUUUGCAUCUCCGACUUUCCCGGCGAGUACACCCUCGCGUCGUCACGACGUGUGCGCGACCGUUUACAUCGCCGCGAUUUAUACUAUCUGUCCGUUCAGACGGGGGAACCUGCUCCACUGUAUCUAGGUCGCUCGACUAUGGUAUCUACGGUAGUUCCGUUAAAAUGGAACUAUCGCUGUUUGGCUCCGUCGCAACAGCACGCAAAUGUUCCCGAUAUAUAUGCCACCAUCCAGACGUCUCUUCGCGCGACGACAUUUGUUUCUGUUUCUCCUCAAGAUCGGAUUCCAUUAGAGGAGGACGCUAACAAGCUGUUGGACUUUAAGCUUGUUGCGAAUACAACGGGGACUAGUCUCACGCAGGCGCGGAAGUUGCGCAUUGCAUCGUGGGAGAAUCUGGAUGGUGGAGGGCCUCAUGGAAAGGACCAAACAACAACAACAUACCAAGCAAUCACACCCCUGAUUCUCAACUUCGACGCCCGCGAUUACCUCCCUCCUACAUUUACCCAUCCGUACAUCUCCCGACGGUACAGCCUCUCUAUCUCCGUUUCGGUCGAUGUCGAUAACUCAAGGCAUGCGAGUUUGCGAUUGCGGGUUCCCGUGCAGGUGUCAUAUGAAUGGGACGAAUGGCCGACAGAGUGUAGGGAAGACGUGUCAUUUCGACCAGAUUCUGGCAUUCUUCCUCCAUAUAUCAAAUGACGACUAGGUUUUCGAGGUAUAUUCAUAAUGAGACUAUAAUGACAUCCAAAGUGAAUCUCACACGAUUGUGCUAAACUACUUUGCACUAGUAUUGCGGAAUUGGAUGGUCCUUGUGCAUUGAGUUGCAGAUAUAAUGUGUAGCCCAUCAAACUAGCAGAG